UUUAUCAAGAGACAGGAGAGUGUUUUCAGACACUGUGAGCACUCAGUUUUUGUUUGUAGUUAGAUUAAGAAGAGGAAAGUUGACCCAAAGCUCUUGAAGAGCUCAUCUAAUCUCUUUGGUUGAGAAGAUCUGUCCUCCCACAGACUCACCUUCAGCAUUAUAAAGGAAUACAUCUUCCUGAUGACAAGCUCUCUUUGCAGGGAUACCUCAAACUUGGUUAAUCCAGAAGCAGCAUCUUCAGUUACAAAAUUUUAAGAGACAGAUGAGAAAUUAGAGCGCGGCUUGCACAUCUUUUGAUUUCCACCUACCCACAAGGUCUAGGGCAUUCACAAUGAGCAUUAGUGAAGACGAUGUGGAGAAGUUCCUUGAUGGCAACCCUGCUUUUGCCAAGCAGUAUUUUGAGAAGAAACUAAAAAUGGAGUCCUGGGAUAACAAUGAGAGUGAAAUACUUUUUGAGUUGAUCCAAGACAUGCAAGAAAGCAUCAACAUGGAGAAAGUGGUUUUCAAGACCCUGAGAAGAAUCAGGUCCCUUAUUCACGCUGACCGCUGUAGUCUCUUCAUGUACAGGCAGAGAAAUGGCACUCCUGAACUGGCAACACGGCUUUUCAACAUCCAGGAGGGAAGUACUCUGGAGGAAUGCCUGGUGGCCCCAGACUGUGAGAUUGUCUAUCCACUGGACAUUGGCAUUGUGGGCCACGUUGCUCAGACCAAGAAAACCAUGAACAUCAAGGAUGUCCGUGAGUGUGCCCAGUUCAGCCCAUUUGUUGAUGAGCUCACCGACUACACCACAAAAAACAUCCUUGCGACACCCAUCUUGAAUGGCAAAGACUUGGUUGCUGUCAUCGUGGCUAUAAAUAAGCUGAAUGGCCCACACUUCACCAGCUCUGAUGAAACACUUUUUCUGAAGUAUCUGAAUUUUGCAUCCUUGAACUUGAAAAUUUAUCACUUGAGUUAUCUUCACAACUGUGAGACUCGAAGAGGCCAGGUGUUGUUGUGGUCAGCCAACAAGGUUUUUGAGGAGCUGACAGACAUAGAGAGGCAGUUCCACAAGGCUUUUUACACGGUGAGGGCAUACCUGAACUGUGACCGAUACUCAGUCGGUCUCCUGGACAUGACCAAGCAGAAGGAGUUUUUUGACCUGUGGCCAGUCCUGUUGGGAGAAGUACCUCCCUACUCAGGACCUCGAACCCCGGAUGGCAGGGAAAUAGUCUUUUACAAGGUCAUCGAUUACAUAUUACAUGGAAAAGAAGACAUUAAAGUCAUCCCAAAUCCUACCCCGGAUCACUGGGCACUAGUUACUGGACUGCCAACCUAUGUGGCUGAAAGUGGAUUUAUUUGCAACAUUAUGAAUGCUGCUGCAGAUGAGAUGUUUAACUUUCAGGAAGGUCCUCUAGAUGAAUCAGGAUGGACUAUCAAAAACGUUCUCUCCAUGCCAAUUGUGAAUAAAAGGGAAGAAAUUGUUGGUGUUGUCACAUUUUAUAACAGAAAAGAUGGGAAACCAUUUGAUGAACAGGAUGAAACCCUCAUGGAGUCCUUGACACAGUUCCUGGGCUGGUCUGUACUCAACACAGACACGUAUGAUAAGAUGAACAAGUUGGAGAACCGUAAGGACAUUGCUCAGGACAUGGUGCUCUACCACGUGAAAUGUGACAAGGAUGAAAUCCAGGAAAUUCUGCCAACACGAGAAAAGCUGGGGAAGGAGCCAUGUGAGUGUGACGAAGAGGAGCUGGCAAGCAUUCUGAAAGAAGAACUCCCGGGGCCCACUAAGUUCGAAAUCUAUGAGUUCAGGUUCUCUGAUUUUGACUGCACCGAGCUGGAGCUGGUGAAGUGUGGCAUUCAGAUGUACUACGAGCUUGGCGUGGUGAAAAAGUUCCAGAUCCCGCAGGAGGUUCUGGUAAGGUUUGUGUACUCUGUCAGCAAAGGCUACCGGAAGAUAACUUACCACAACUGGCGUCAUGGCUUCAAUGUGGCACAGACCAUGUUCACACUCCUGAUGACUGGCAAACUGAAGCGUUACUACACCGACCUCGAAGCCCUUGCAAUGGUAACUGCGGCUCUGUGCCAUGAUAUUGAUCACAGGGGAACCAACAACCUCUACCAAAUGAAAUCUCAAAAUCCUUUAGCUAAACUUCAUGGAUCCUCUAUUUUAGAGAGACAUCACUUGGAAUUCGGAAAAUUCUUGCUCUCUGAGGAGUCACUGAAUAUAUGUCAGAACCUCAACCGCAGGCAGCAUGAGCAUGUGAUUCACCUGAUGGAAAUUGCCAUUAUAGCCACAGACCUGGCACUCUACUUCAAAAAGCGAACGAUGUUUCAAAAGAUCGUUGAUGAGUCUAAGACGUACGACAGUGUGACUGCCUGGACUGAGUAUCUGUCUCUGGAGACAACAAAGAAAGAGGUUGUCAUGGCCAUGAUGAUGACUGCCUGUGACUUGUCAGCUAUCACAAAGCCUUGGGAAGUCCAGAGUAAGGUAGCUCUCCUGGUAGCAGCUGAGUUCUGGGAGCAAGGAGAUUUGGAAAUAAGCGUCCUUCAGCAACAGCCCAUUCCGAUGAUGGACCGAAGGAAAGCUGCUGAGCUUCCGAAGCUUCAAGUGGGUUUCAUUGACUUUGUGUGUACAUUUGUCUACAAGGAGUUUUCCCGUUUCCAUGAGGAAAUUCAGCCUAUGCUUGAUGGGCUGCUGAACAACAGAAAUGAGUGGAAGACCCGUGCUGAUGAGUAUGAUGCAAAAGUUAAAGCACUGGAGGAAGAGAAGAAAAAAGAGGAAGAGAGAAUGGCUGCAAAGAGAGGUGAAAUAACCUGUAAUGGAGGAACAGCUCCAGCUUCCAAAACCUGUAGCAUACUUUAGACCUAUUCUCACUGAAAUAUACGCCACACAAAAGGAGAACACCCUAUAAAAACAACAACAACAAACCAAAACUAAACAGCAACAACAACAAAAAUUAAA